AUGAUAAAACCAUCCUCUUUAUCUUUUAUUUCUGCUUUUGUUCACAAUAUCCAUUUACCAUGUCUUCUUGAUACGGGUGCUACACAUUCAUUUAUUCAUACAUCCAUUGUUCGCCGUCUUCGUAAUGUCUCAAUUACAAACAUUAAACAACGUUUCACUUUAGCUGAUGGUAAUACCAACGUUAAUAUCAUCGGUAUUGUUCAUCUUAAUCUUCGUAUUGGUCAAAUCACAACACCUAUCUCUGAUUUUAUUUCGAAAUCGUUAUCUCAUCUCUGUAUUCUCGGACAAUAUUGGUUGAAUAAAUAUUCGGUAGAUAUUUGUCAAUCUACACAACAAGUGAUUAUUCAUACUGCUGAAUUGAGUGUCACGAUUCCAAUGGACCAUCGUAUUAAUCAACACCAUUUUCCUCUUAAAUCAACAAUUGCAAUCAUUAUUCCACCACAACAUGAAAGAAUUAUUGAAUUACAAUCACCUAUAUCAUCUUCUCCUCAAGUUAUUUUUCGUCCAAACCGAGUUCUUCAAUCUCAUAAUCUUGUUGCUAUACCUAAUGCCCUAAUAUCUAUUGACAAAUAUCGAACAUAUACCACUGUUGUUAAUCCUACUAAUAGAGUAUGCCGUAUUCCUAUUAAUACUAUGAUUGGUACAUUUACUAUUCCACCACCUAAGGCAUCCUAG